AUGACAUCUCAGACGACGACGUCGUAUCCAACUUCUCAACCCCUCACUUCAUCUCCUUUGAAUGAAACUGCUUCCACUACUAAUCUUAAAAAGUUAAAUAAUCUUAAUUCUAAUAAUAAUAAUAAUAUUAAUCAUAAUCAUAAUGAUCAUAAUGAUCCAUCUCAUAUAGCAUCCCCAACUACCAACAAUAACAAUGCAUCCCUUCAACCACCUCCACCUCCACAAUCAAGAAGUUUAAGAACUAAUAAACGACUGGAAUUAGAAAAAUUGAUUCGAGAAUUCCAAAAUAAAUUAGGUAAUGAUUGGGAAAAAUAUCAUGAAACUUUGGCUCUUUUCUUAAUUGGGAAACUAUCCAGAGUUGAAUUAGUAACCAUUAUAACUCCUUUAUUAAAAGAUGGUGGAUUAAUUAAAUAUCAUAAUAAAUUAUUAUUAUUAAAUUUUGCAAAUUCUUUAAAAGAUGGUCAAUUGGAUUUUCAUAAUGAAUUUGCUUCAUUCUGGAAUAAAAAAUCAGCAAAAUCAUCAAAAGUAAAAUCAUCUCAAUAUGAAAAAGUAAAAUCAAAUAUUAUGAGUUUACCAAUUCGAGAAAGAAGAAGAAUUAAAAGUAUAACUAGAGAUGGUGGUAAAAAGGGGAAAAUUACUGCCGGUAUAACUUUAACCAGACAUUCCUUAUUACCUAAAAUCCCUAUGAUUCAAGAUAAAGAUGAACAACAAUUACAAGUGAAUAAUUUAGUUCAAUGGCAACAAGAUGUGGUAAAUGGAAUAAAUACUCCCAUUGCUCUGGAAAAUUAUGAAUUACCUGAUUUAGAUAAUUUAUCAAAGAGAAUUCUUAUGACUAUGAGAGAAUAUGGUUUAACCGGUGGGAUUAAUCCUCAAGUUUUGGAAGUUUUAAUGUUAGGAUUAAAUUCUCAUCUUAAAAAUAUUCUUGAAAGUGCCAUUGAUGUGGCAAAAUAUAGAAAAACAAAAUAUACUAGUAAUGAUUAUAUUAUUGAGAUUAAUAAUUCUCUUAAUGAAGCAAAAGAAGGUUUGGAAUCGAAAAAGAGAAAAAUCGACGAAUUAGAUGGUCCAACUGCAUCAUCUUUAUCAUCCUCAUCUGUUGUUGCUUCCAGUUCUUCAACUAAAUCAUCUUCAUCAAAGGAUAUUACGUUAAAUAUUGAGAAUUUAUAUGAUACCCUUGAAAUGUUUCCUCAUUUGAUAGAACCAAAUGGUCCAAAACUUCGUUUAUCAAAUGUAAUGCUUGAAAAUGAUGAUAUGGUUAAUGCCAAUUCUUUGGAUUAUGAAUUACCUCCUCGUUCAUUCCUUGAUACAGUACCAGUGGCAUCAAGUACUGCUGCUAAGGCUGCUGCCGCUGCCGCCGCCGCCGCCGCUGCUUCAUCGUCAGUAAAUAUCGCUAAUGGAACUUCUAAACCUGAUGGAAUCAAAACUGAAAAUUCAAAUUCGGUACCUUCAACUGGUGGUGAUAAAGCUAAAGAUGAUUCAACUAAAGAAAAUGAUGAUGUUAAAAAGGAAGACGCAUCAGAUCCAUCUAUAAAGAGUAAUGCUAGUAACACAACUACAAGUGCAACAAGUCCAAACACUAAUAAUAAUGUCAAUGCAAACUCACCACCUGUUCAAGCUGUUGCUUCUACUUUACCUAGAUUCGAUGCUCAUAUCGGUACUUCCGAUGAAUUAAAAUGGGUUUUACAUGAUCUUAUUACAUCAAUGUAA